AACACCACCAUCACUUUCACUUAGUCACUGUUUUUUCAGUAGGGUUUUUCUUUAUAUCUCCUUUUUCUUUUCUCCACACCUGAAAAACGAUUUCAGUUAUAGAUAGAGAAAAUAACUUAGAGAGAGAAAGUUAAUUCAUUAUUCAAUGGAUGCGCACGCUGUGCAUUUGGCUAUGGCAGCGCUCGUCGGAGCUUCCAUCGUUGCCGUAUCGGCGUACUACAUGCACCGCAAGACGUUAGCGCAGCUUAUGGAGUUCGCACGGGCGGUUGAGCUUGACGGCGGUUCCGACGGCGGCGAUUCUCCGCUGCAUUCAAAGAAACGGCGCGGUGGUUCUAAGAGGAGGAUGAACGGCAGUUAUCAGCGCUUCUCGGCUUCGUUGCCGGAUGUUAUGGCCAUUUCUGGUGGACUCGACGGUAAUGGAACGAUGCACGUCGAAGGGAUUCCGGCAGGGUUACCUCGGUUGCAAACACUCCGUGAAGGAAAAUCUGCGAACGGAGGUUCAUUUAUAAGAAAUAUUGUAAGACCGACUUCUCCCAAGUCUCCCGUUGCAAGUGCCAGUGCCUUUGAAAGUGUAGAGGGAUCAGAUGAUGAAGAAAAUUUGACAGAUGGAGCCAAACUGGAUACUACAUAUUUGCUUACAAAUGGAAAUGUAGGUGGAGAAGGUAAAAAUCCAUACGAGACUUUGCCUAAUCAUGUUAAUACUAAUGGAGAGCAGAUGACAAUCGCUGCUUCAAAUAUGAUCCGAUCUCAUAGUAUUUCUGGUGACCUGCAUGGUGUGCAGCCUGACCCAAUAGCAGCUGACAUUCUGAGGAAAGAGCCAGAGCAAGAAAUUUUUGCUCGAUUGAAAAUUACUCCUAUGGAGGCUCCAUCAUCUGAUGAAGUUGAAUCCUAUGUGAUUCUUCAAGAAUGCCUUGAAAUGAGGAAAAGAUAUGUUUUUCAAGAAGCAGUUGCUCCAUGGGAGAAAGAAGUUAUAUCUGACCCCUGUACUCCAAAACCUAACCUAGAGCCAUUCUUUUACACACCAGAAGGGAAAUCUGAUCAUUACUUUGAAAUGGAGGAUGGAGUUAUUCAUGUAUAUCCAAAUAGAGACUCCAAAGAAGAGCUUUUUCCUGUUGCCGAUGCAACUACAUUUUUCACUGACCUUCAUCAUAUACUUCGAGUUAUAGCAGCAGGGAAUAUCAGAUCUUUAUGCCAUCACAGGCUUAAUCUUCUAGAACAAAAAUUCAAUCUUCAUUUGAUGCUCAAUGCGGAUAGGGAAUUUCUCGCCCAAAAAAGUGCUCCACACCGAGACUUCUAUAAUGUUAGAAAAGUGGAUACACAUGUCCACCACUCAGCAUGCAUGAAUCAGAAACAUCUUUUAAGAUUCAUAAAGUCAAAGCUGAGGAAAGAGCCUGAUGAGGUUGUAAUAUUUCGAGAUGGAACAUAUCUGACGUUAAAAGAGGUUUUUGAGAGUCUAGAUUUAACUGGAUAUGAUCUCAAUGUUGACCUUUUGGAUGUCCACGCAGACAAAAGUACAUUUCAUCGUUUUGACAAGUUCAAUCUUAAAUACAAUCCUUGUGGUCAAAGUAGGCUCAGGGAGAUAUUCUUGAAGCAGGAUAAUCUCAUUCAAGGUCGUUUUCUCGGUGAGCUCACAAAGCAAGUGUUUUCUGAUCUUGGUGCCAGUAAAUAUCAGAUGGCUGAAUAUAGAAUAUCAAUAUAUGGGAGGAAGCAAAGUGAGUGGGACCAACUAGCCAGUUGGAUAGUGAAUAAUGAUUUGUACAGUGAGAAUGUUGUUUGGUUGAUUCAGCUUCCCCGAUUGUAUAAUGUGUACAAGGAAAUGGGAAUUGUGACCUCAUUCCAGAACAUGCUUGACAAUAUCUUCAUUCCACUUUUUGAGGUUACUGUUGACCCUGAUUCACAUCCUCAGCUGCAUGUUUUCUUGAAACAGGUUGUUGGGUUGGAUUUGGUGGAUGAUGAAAGCAAACCUGAAAGACGACCAACAAAACACAUGCCCACGCCUGUUCAAUGGACUAAUGUAUUUAAUCCGGCAUAUUCAUACUAUGUGUAUUACUGUUACGCAAAUCUGUACACCUUAAACAAGCUUCGUGAAUCAAAGGGACUGACUACAAUCAAAUUCCGUCCUCAUUCUGGAGAGGCUGGUGAUAUUGACCACCUUGCUGCUACCUUCCUUACGGCUCAUAACAUUGCCCAUGGAAUCAACUUGAGAAAAUCGCCUGUGCUUCAAUAUUUAUAUUAUUUGGCCCAGAUUGGACUGGCAAUGUCUCCUCUGAGCAAUAACUCUCUAUUUUUAGACUACCAUCGAAACCCUUUUCCUGUGUUUUUCUUGCGGGGUUUGAAUGUAUCACUUUCUACUGAUGAUCCACUCCAAAUUCACUUAACAAAGGAACCGUUGGUUGAAGAGUAUAGUAUAGCUGCUUCUGUGUGGAAAUUGAGCUCAUGUGAUUUAUGUGAAAUUGCCCGAAAUUCAGUUUAUCAAUCAGGUUUCUCACAUGCUUUAAAGUCACAUUGGAUUGGUAAGGAAUACUACAAGAGAGGGCCGAAUGGAAAUGACAUUCACAGAACAAACGUUCCUCACAUUCGAUUAGAAUUCCGUGACACGAUUUGGAGGGAGGAGAUGCAACAGGUUUAUUUGGGGAAAUCCAUCAUUCCUGAAGACAUAGAAAAAUAGUGUGGCAAAAGCCUGUAUUUCAUACAUGAGCGCUGGAAAUUGUGAAUAGGGGAAGAAAGUGAGUUCCUCAAACCCAUUCAACCUCAGAUAUCCUGAGAUUGAAGAUGUUACAACACUGGGUCGAUGACAUGAACCUGAUAUAUAAUAACUAAAGAUCCCUGAAUUAUAUCAACGUAUAGCCCUGGGAAAGUGUUCUGUUAAUAUAUUAUUAAUUUAGGCUAGAAUUUUAAAUGGCAACUGUUGAUGCAUGUUGCUGUUAGAAAUAUUAUUGAAAAUAAUAAUAAUGCUGGUAGAAAUAUUAAUUAAUAUGAUCUUUUGAAGAGGGAGAUUCUCUCAAAAUUUUGAUUCCCGGUGCUUGUUAGUUGAAAACUGAUGGGCCUAUAUUACAAGUUUUAUUUUAUUGUA